CGUGUUUCGUUUUUAUUAACUUAUUAAUUUUACUGUAACCAAUACCCGCUGCCAAAAUGGGCAAAAAGAACAAAGCUGGCACCAAUCUGGGCCGUCAGCUAAUUAAAGAUCGUUUUGGCCAUACGCCACGACGCAAGGUGGACAACGACACAAUGCUACACACAACAGAGCUGCAGGAUGGCUACGAUUGGGGUCGCCUAAAUCUGUCGUCCGUAACCGAGGAGUCGUCGUUCAAUGCAUUUUUACGCACUGCAGAAUUGGCGGGCACGGAAUUUCAGGCCGAGAAGCUGAACAUUACGUUCGUUAAUCCAAAGCAGCGUGUGGGUCUACUUAGCAAGACACAGGAGCAGACGAUGCACCAAAAGCAUGCCGAGCAUCGUGAUCAGCUGAAAAUUCCACGUCGUCCCAAAUGGACCAAGGAAAUGAGUGCCGAAGAUUUGGAGCGUGCCGAAAACGAAGCCUUCCUUAAUUGGCGUCGGGAUUUAGCACUGCUGCAGGAGAGCGAAGAGAUCCUUAUGACUCCGUACGAAAAGAAUCUCGAAUUCUGGCGCCAGCUGUGGCGUGUCGUCGAGCGCUCCGAUGUCGUUGUCCAGAUUGUGGAUGCACGUAAUCCGUUGCUAUUUCGUAGCGUCGAUCUGGAACGCUAUGUGAAGGAGGUGGACAGCAACAAAAUGAAUAUGAUCUUGGUGAACAAAUCAGAUUUGCUAACGCUGGAACAGCGACAACACUGGGCACAAUAUUUCGACUGUGAGGGCAUACGCACUGCCUUUUACUCCGCCACCCUGGUGGAGGAGGAGCUAAAGCGGGAAGCUGAGGCUGCCAAGCAUGCUGAUGAGUCGCCGUCAUCAGCGAUGGAGCUGAAGCAGCUGCGCGAGGCGGCUGAGGAGAUUCAGCAAUCACUGGACGUGGUCGAGCACGCACUGGAAGCCAUAGAGAGCAAGAUGAGAACCACGAGUGAACCGGCAGUAAUAACAGAACCCAAGCUGCCCAAGCUGCCCACAGACAAGAACAGCGCACAUCUGCUCUCUCGCACAGAGCUCAUCGAGUUCUUGCGCCACAUCUAUAAUGGUCCGAGGCACACUGCACAGCAUGUCACCAUUGGCAUGGUGGGCUACCCGAAUGUGGGCAAGAGCAGCACGAUUAACUCACUGAUGACUGUGAAGAAGGUGUCCGUGUCUGCGACGCCCGGCAAGACAAAGCGUUUCCAGACGCUCUUCCUGGACAAGGAUAUUCUGCUCUGUGAUUGUCCCGGCCUGGUGAUGCCCAGUUUUGUGCUCACCAAGGCCGACAUGUUGCUCAAUGGCAUAUUGCCAAUUGAUCAAAUGCGCGAUCAUGUGCCCGCCGUGAAUUUGCUCUGCGAGCGAAUACCUCGUCAUGUGCUCGAGGAUAAGUACGGCAUUGUGAUAGCCAAGCCCCUGGAGGGCGAGGAUCCGAAUCGACCACCAUUCGCCGAGGAGCUGUUGCUUGCCUAUGGCUAUAAUCGCGGCUUCAUGACCUCAAAUGGCCAGCCAGAUCAGGCGCGCUCAGCUCGCUAUGUAUUGAAGGACUACGUCAAUGGCAAGCUGCUGUUUGCACUAGGCCCACCGUCUGUCCUUCAGUCCGAAUAUCACAAAUUUCCGGAGCGUCAACGUAAGCCGGUUGAGGAAUCACAGCUGCCCGGACAACAGCAACGAGCCAUGCGUAUCGAUAAGAGCUCCUCCAAGGAAUUAGAUCAACAGUUCUUCACCUCCAAGCCAAGCGUUGCCCAUGUAAAGGGUCGCACCAACUUUCCACAUGUACGCCUGGCAAACGAUGGCAACCUCGUCGCUGGCGAGGCGCCCGCCAAGCCCUGGCGCAACGUGAAAAAAGAGCGACGCGAGAAGCUGCGCAAGAAGUUCUCCCACCUGGAUGAGCACUAGCUGGAACAGACAGAGAGAAACCACACAAGCACAGUGG